AAGCAAAAAAUAACGGAAAAGAUGAUGGCUUUGCUUUGGAUUCUUGCUUUCCAAGUGAAAAAUUAAGUACCCUUUUCUUCAGAAUUUGAGUAAAUUGUGGAAAAUGCACAGUGAUGGGAAUGUUAGGCGGGCUCAGUCAAUGUUUCUUAGCAAUGAAAAGGAUUUCGAGUUUAACGGACGGGUAUGGCGGUUAAGGAUUGGAUAAACAAGCGGGGAUUCCGAAUUCGAGGGAAGUUUCUGAAAACGAUGAGGUGCAUCUGGUCAGGACAGCAGUUAAGAGUCGAUGAUGCUAAUGCUUCUUCCGAAUCGUUAGCGACUCGGGACUAUUCGGUGAGUGGCUACUCAUCUCGAGCAGGCGAAAUAGUGGAGGCUAAGGUUGACAAUAGCAAUAUCGAAGAAGCUGAGACGUCGCUUCGUGAGAAUGGUUAUCUGAACUAUUCGGAAGCAAGGGCAUUGUUAGGAAGGCUUGAGUAUCAAAAAGGAAAUGUAGAAGCGGCACUUCAUGUAUUUGAAGGAAUAGAUGUCGCUGUGGUGACUUCGAAGAUGAAAGUCUCCCUUUCGAGAAGAUGCGAACAAAACCGACGUUGCUCGGAAAGUGAUGCUGCUCUGUCCAUGUCUUUGCAUGCCGUUAGCUUACUUCUCGAAGCUAUUUUUCUGAAGGCAAAAUCGUUGCAGCACCUUGGAAGGUUUGGAGAAGCCGCUCAGUCAUGCAAAGUUAUUUUGGACACCGUUGAAUCUGCCUUGCCAGAUGGCCUGCCCGACAACGUGUCUACGGAUUGUAAGUUACAGGAAAUUUUGAACAAAGCUGUGGAAUUGCUUCCUGAGCUAUGGAAACUUGCAGGAGAUCCCCAAGAAGCUGUAUUGUCAUAUCGGCGGGCUCUCCUCUAUUACUGGAAUCUUGAUACCAGAACCAAAGCAAAACUCGAAAAGGAAUUUGCAGUGUUGCUUUUAUACAGUGGUGCCGAAGCAAGCCCCCCAACCCUCCGUGCACAGAUGGAAGGUUCAUUUGUGCCGAGAAACAACAUCGAAGAGGCCAUUCUUUUAUUACUAAUUCUGCUAAAAAAGUUUCUUUUGAAAAGGGUCGGAUGGGAUCCAUCGAUCUUGGAUCAUCUUGCUUUCGCGCUAUCUGUUUCCGGGGAACUAAGAGCCUUAGCUCAUCAGGUCGAAGAGCUGCAUCCAGAGAUCAUGAAAAGAAAAGAACAAUAUUGUAUGUUGGCACUCUGCUAUUAUGGGGGAGGUGAGGACAUAAUUGCUUUGAAUAUUUUGCGGAACCUUUUGAAUAGCCGAGCCAACCCGGACUGCGUUCUGGAAUUCUUGCUAGCCUCGAAAAUCUGUGGGGAGAAUACGAGUGCUAUCGAGGAAGGGGCAAUUUGGGCUCAGAAAGCUCUUGCCAGAUUGAAUGGCGGGUGUUGGCAGAUGGCAAGCAAAGCAAACUGCUUACUUGGAGUUUUAUUGUCAGCUCAGUCGAGGUUGGUUUCUUCCGAUUCUCAGAGAACUAUGCAGCAGUCCGAAACAAUCGAGGUGCUUGAAGCCGCAGAAAAGAUGAUGAGAGAAAGGGACCCGUACGUCGUAUUCCAUCUUUGCCUAGAGAAUGCUGAGCAGAGAAAGUUGGAUGUUUCACUUCACUAUGCAAAGCAACUCCUGAAACUCGAAGCAGGGUCUAAUGUUAAAGACUAUGUGCUUUUGGCUCGCAUACUGUCCGCUCAAAAACGGUUUUUCGAUGCAGAGACGGUAAUUAACGCCGCUCUUAACCAAACUGGGAAGUGGAACCAAGGAGAACUGUUGAGAACUAAGGCUAAACUUCAGAUUGCACAAGGCCAGUUAAAAAAUGCAGUCGAGACAUAUACUCAUCUUCUUGCCGUUCUCCAAGUUCAGCAUAAAAGCUCGGGUUCCGGAAAGAAACUUCUAAAGACUAAGGGAAAGUGGGAUCGAAGCUUGGAAAUGGAAACAUGGCAUGAUCUAGCGAACGUGUACACUAGCUUGUUGCAGUUUCGGGAUGCCGAGGUCUGUCUAUCCAAAUCCAAGGCGAUCAGUCCUUUCUCUGCUACUAGGUGGUACUCUACAGGUUUAUUAGACGAAGCCAAAGGGCUUCACCAGGAAGCUCUGAGAUCAUACAAGAAGGCAUUAGAUGUUGAUCCCACACAUGUUCCAAGCUUGAUAUCCACUGCUUGCAUUCUCAGACAGCUUGGUGGUCAAUCCAUGCCCAUAGUGAGAAGUUUUCUGAUGGAUGCCCUUCGACUUGAUCAAACCAACCCGGCCGCCUUGUACAAUCUCGGGUUGCUCUAUAAAGCCGAUAUCAGUACAUCGGCAGUUGAGGCGGCUGAAUGUUUCGAGGCUGCUGCAUUUCUUGAAGAAUCCGCCCCAAUCGAACCCUUUAGAUAAAACAUAUUUGCCUGUAUUUGUUGUGUAAUUUUGGACAUGCCAUCUUUGUAAAUCUUAGCUUAGGUGAUCUAAAGUUUAAAGAUGUUGAAAAAAAA